CACACCACUCAUCAGUCUUCUUCCUUCCGCCAUUAAUUGACCAAGAAAAGCUUCAGCUAUCAGCAAUGGAGCCCAUCCCUCUUCUGACGCCGUACAAGAUGGGCCAGUUCGACCUCGCCCACAGGGUGGUGUUGGCGCCGUUGACGAGGCAGCGCUCCUAUGGCAACGUGCCGCAGCCGCAUGCAGCUGUGUACUACUCCCAGCGCGCCACCGCUGGCGGCCUGCUCAUCGCCGAGGCGACAGGGGUCUCCGACACGGCGCAGGGCUACAAUGACACGCCAGGGAUCUGGACGGCGGAGCACGUCGAGGCGUGGAAGCCCAUCGUCGCCGCCGUCCACCAGAAAGGUUCGCUGUUCUUCUGCCAGAUCUGGCACUGCGGCCGCGUGUCCACGUUCGAGCUGCAGCCCGGCGGCACCGCACCACUGUCGAGCACAGAGAAGGGGGUCGGCCCGCAGAUGAGCUUCGACGGCCGGCUAGAGGAGUUCGCGCCUCCGAGGAGGCUGACGGUGGAGGAGAUACCUGCCAUCGUCGACGACUUCAGGAAGGCCGCCAGGAACGCCAUCGACGCCGGUUUCGACGGCGUGGAGAUCCAUGGCGCAAACGGGUACAUCAUCGAGCAGUUCCUCAAAGAUAGUGCCAACGACCGCAUAGACGAGUACGGCGGUAGCCUAGAAAACCGGUGUCGUUUCGCUCUCGAGGUGGUUGAUGCUGUCGUCAAGGAGGUCGGCGGCCACCAUGUGGGCAUCCGCCUCUCCCCAUUCACCGACUAUAUGGAGUGCCAUGACUCUGAUCCCCACUCCCUUGCACUUUACAUGUCCACCAAACUCAACGAUCACGGCAUCCUGUACAUCCACAUGAUCGAGCCGAGGAUGGCCAUUGUGGACGGGCGAAGAGUGGUGCCGAAGCGGCUGCUGCCAUACAGAGAGGCGUUCAAAGGGACCUUCAUCGCAAAUGGUGGAUACGACCGUGAAGAAGGGGGCAAGGUGGUCACCGAGGGGUACACUGACUUGGUGGCCUUCGGGCGGCUAUUCCUGGCGAAUCCCGACCUGCCAAAGCGGUUCGAGGUCGGCGCGGAGCUGAACAAGUAUGACAGGAUGACCUUCUACACGUCCGACCCCGUCGUUGGCUACACCGACUACCCAUUCCUCGAGUAAUCAUCGGUGGAGCUUCUUUCUUGGAUGAUGCAAUUAAUUGUACCACAGGGUCUGUAAUUAAAUGUAUGUGUGAAUGAUGUGCUUCAUCCAGCAAUAAACUUUUUAUGAUGAUUGCUGCA